AUGUUGGCCUCGUCCCCGCCCCCCCGCUGCCAACUGGCGAGAUCAGCCCCCUUCGCCCCCGGCGCCAACUGGCGAGUGGUCCCCCGCCCUCGCCGCCGCGGCCGCACCCCGGGCUCGAGCCCGCCGACACCCAUACCUCUUUGCGGCGCGUCGCCGCGCCCCGAUUCCCCCAUCGCCGUCCAUCCCCGAAAAUCCCCCUCCAUCGCCACCUCCCAACACCCCCCCCGGCCGCCAACUGGCGACCUCGCUCCCCCGCCCCUCAGGGCUUCCCCGGGCCCCAUCCCAGGGCCCGAGUCGCGAUCCUGGGCUCCAAUGCCCUGGGUGAGACCGCCGAGGGCUACACCGUGGGUCAGAUGUACGAAGAGGGUAACCCAUGGGGCCAGGGACAGCGCCGACGAGGAUCACCCUGCCAAAGGCUCCCCGCUGCGAACAUCCUCGACCCCCCCAGGUUCUCUAUCCUCGUAUAUCAUAUCCACGGAGUAG